UUGCUCCAAAACGACACCAGCAAACAGGCAUGAGGGUGCUGGGGGUGCAGUGUGUGCGCCCGCUCUCUGCGCUCGACAGCCCAAAAGAAGCUGUCAGGCGGUUCACUCCCUCAUGGUUCACAGUGGUCAUGAGCACCGGAAUUGUGGGCCAGGUCAUCGGCACCUUUCCCUAUGAUGCACCCGGCAAGCUGCAGGCGGGGUGGGCCUUCUGGUGGCUGUCGCUUGUCCUCUUCUGCAUCUUUUUGGCCAUGCUGAUUGGCAGGUUUGUCUUCUUUUGGAAGGAAGCCCUGCUGCUCUUCUCGCAGCCCUUCCAGGCCAUGUUCCUGGGCGCGGUCACCAUGGCGUUUGCCACCAUCAUCAACGGGUUUCCCACAUUCCUGAUCCAUUACUGGGACCAUGAUGCGGUGAUGGAGGCGGCUGUGGUGCUGUGGUGGAUCCAGGCGGCCCUGGCGCUGGCCUGCACCCUGCUGCUGCCCUUCUUCAUGUUCACGCUGCACAGGUUUGAGCUGGAGAAGAUGUCGGCGCUGUGGCUGCUGCCCAUCCUGCCCUGCGUGGUCGCCUCCGGCUCCGGCGGCAUCAUCGCCCGGAACGCCUCUGUCGGCACCGCCGUCUAUGUGAUGCACAUGAGCUACCUGCUGUGGGGCAUCGGCAUCCCGCUCUGCCUCAUGAUCAUGACCAUCUACCUGCGGCGCCUCAUGGUUCACAGCAUCCCGCCAAAGGAGCUCGUUGUGUCCUCCUUCUUGCCAGUGGGGCCCAUGGGCAUGGGCGCUGUGGCUCUCCUCAACCUGGGCGCCGCAGCCAUGCGUCUCUACCCGCCGCCCGCCACAGCGGACGUGGCGGCCUCGGGCCUGAUUGUCAGUGUGACGGGCGUGGUGGUUGCCUUCAUCAUGUGGGGAACCGGCGUCUGGUGGCUCACGGUGGCUGUGUGCAGCGUGUGCGCCAGCUGCCGCCAGAUGACCUUCAACAUUGGGUGGUGGGGCUUUGUUUUCCCCCUGGGCGUUUUUACCUCCGCCGCCAACGAGCUCUGGCGGCGGCUGCCCGAUCUGCAGUCGAUGCGCGUUGUGACGGCAGUGCUGUCCUGCUGCACAAUCGCCCUGUGGGCCUUUGUUUUCCUCAACACACUCAUCCAGGGCUGGAACGGCUCCCUCUUCUAUGCGCCCUGCCUGGCCAACAGGCCAAAGGGCGACGAGCCGCCCCAGGCUUCCGGGCCUGGGCUGGAAUCCUUCCCAGACUCUCUCAAUUAUUGCGCCAAAGAGGGCGCCGCCCCUUCCAGCAGCAGCGACGGCGAGGACGGGCGGCAGCAGCAGCAGCAGGAGGAGGAGGAGGAUGUGGAGGCGCAGCAGGGCAAGCCGCAGGGCGAGCAGCCGCCGGAGAAGCAGGCCGGCGGCGCCGCCGCGGACGGCCUGCAGCGCCGGGUGAACGGGCACGCGGGGGACGCGCUGUGACUUUUGCUGCCAUGCAGAGAUCAGUAAACAACCUCCACUGCCCCCCCCCUCUUGAUCUGUCAGGAUAAGCCAGCCGGCUGGCAUACCCUUGUACUACCGACAUUCAUUUUGUUGUGGGCGACACUUUUGCUCGUAUGCCCCUGCUGCUGUCAGCCUCACAAUGCACUACCUCUGCUGCCCCUCGAUGCGCUGUCUAGCCUGGCUUUUGUAAUAUGGUCACAGUG